UUGUGACUUACAGCAGGGAAAGGGUUAAAGACAUAUCCCUUGCUGCAUCGGGCACUGGGACACUGCUGGCUCAGUGGGUCACAUGGUAGGGAGCCGGCAUGUGCUGGGUCAGUUAACUGCCAGAUUAAAAAAAAGACGGUUGGUGUGCUGAGGCGGACAUCUUAAGUCAACGGCUAGCAGUGAGCAGAGAAGGAUGUAAGGGCUGAGGGGUGCACUGAGGGUCUAAACCAGUGGUAGCCAACCUUGGUCCUCGAGAGCUACCAACAGUUCACGUUUUCCAGCUUACCUGGCAGGUGCACAUGUGCAGUCAGUACCCCUGGUCUAAACAGUCCUGAGGCAGCUCUGUAAGGGAACGGAGCUGUGGAAACAACGGGGAAGCGCUGACUGAGCAAAGCUGUAGCUGUGCAGCAGGGUGCCUCCUUUCAGGGCACCCUGCGGCUGAUGGAAGUCUGGAGGUGCCACUGAGGAGGCUGCCAUGGUGAGCGAGGCUUCAGCAGCAGUGAUGGAGACCCGGCAGCUGUGUGAGGGCGGUGCAUCCUAGGGAGUUGUGGCUUGGGAAGGUGGCCCAGGAGGCGAAGAGAAGCACGGCAGUUCAACCCCUAAACCGGCCCUAGGAUCUGAGCUGUGAGCGUGUCGUAUAUUCCGUCAUGAAGGAACGGGUGAGCGCAGAUUCCUCGCCUCCCGGUGAUGGGAAAAUGGAAAACAGGACAGAGAAAAUCCACCUGAAACGAGUGGCCUUUUAUCAAGGACUCUGGUCGUACGAUGGAUGGAACAACCUGAACUACGUCACAGAGGAACUGAAGAACCCUGAGGUGAACCUUCCUCGAGCUGUGAUGAUCGCGAUCCCACUUGUCACGUGCAUCUAUCUCCUAGUGAACGUCAGCUAUUUUGCAGCAAUGACGCCGCAGGAGAUGCUCUCUUCAGAUGCUGUAGCUAUAAGCUGGGGAUUGAAAGUGCUGGGGACCUGGACCUGGAUAAUCUCUCUGGGUGUCGCUCUUUCCACUUUUGGAUCAGCAAAUGGGACCUUCUUCAGUGGAGGCCGUGUGUGCUAUGUGGCUGCCAGAGAGGGACAUUUGCCAGACGCUCUAUCAAUGGCUCACGUGAAACGCCUGACACCAUCUCCUGCCCUUAUCUUCACAUCCGCCAUCUCUAUAAUAAUGAUAAUACCUGCAGACUUUAGCAGCAUUGUAAACUUCUUCAGUUUCACAGCCUGGUUGUUCUACGGUAUAACCAUCUCUGGCCUCCUGUACAUAAAAAUUAAAAAGCCAGAUAUUCCCAGACCAUAUAAGGUCCCAAUAAUUAUCCCAAUCAUUGUGCUUAUUGCUUCUGUGUUCCUGGUGCUGGCCCCAAUCAUCGGCAGCCCGCAGCUGGAAUAUCUCUAUGUCGUCCUCUUUAUCCUCAGUGGAAUUAUUGUUUACAUUCCUGUGGUCCGCUACAAAUGGUCUCCAAGAUGGUUCCAAUCCAUCACUCUCCAUCUGCAGCUACUGCUGGAAGUGGCACCAACGGAUAAAAACAGCUGAGGUGGAGCCAGGAGCACUGACUGGGAUUUAUUCUACUGGUUCCGUCUGGAACACCUAGGACUUACAGUGUUUUAGUGCCCAGUAACAGUGGUUUAAUUGUGAGUUACUUACCUCCAUCUGAAGGCUCCAUAAACUACUGUUAGUAUUAUUAAGGUGCAUACUUCAUAUCGUGGAUGCAGCCAUUUUGUGACCUGAACCAGUUUUGAUCCAGCCCACAAAAUGGCUGCCUCUGCUGUAUAUAGGUGAGAGGUGAUAAUGUUGAUUAUCUUUACAGGAAAGAAAGCUAUACCUAAAACACACCUUAAAUACACUUUAAACCUUC